AUGGCCCAGCCCGUGGGUGACGCGUCCCCACUGUGCGCUGCUGCAAGGGGAGACUGAGGACUGGGAAGCCCUGGAAAGCUGUCGGAGGCAUGCGGAGAGAGCUGCUGGUCCAGGUCCCUGCAAGAUUUUUCAGAAAGUCCAGUUGUGCCAAGAUGCAAGAGUCUUGGCUCGUCCCACUUGCUCACUGGUGCACCCCAGAGCAUCACUGAAUGGCUGGCGCUCUGCGAAAAGGAUCCAGUGGAGAUUCUUCUUGAUUUGGGGUUUGGUACGGAAGAACCUGAUGUUUGCACCAAAAUCCCUCCUCGGUUCCUCAGUGGUGCUUCUGUAGCAAAAGGGAUCAACGUCCGAGUGUUUUUGGAAGCUCAGAAGCAGCGGAUGGACAUUGAGAGACCAAACCUAUAUGAACGUUUUCGACAGCUGGAAGUACUUGACCACGUAACCAGUGCCCUCUCAUCUUUGCUGACUGACGCCAACACCCAACAGACUAAAGCACAGGACGCUGGUGGGGAUGAGACCAGUCUCUUGGAUGCUGCGAAGAGCAGAACUGCGGUCACACGAGUGAAGCGGAGGAGAAUAGGCCAGCUCCUGAAAAGGGCUUCUCGGCAGACAAUGCUGCUGAAACAGGACUCACUGGCACCUGGGGAAGCCAACUUGCCUGGCAAGAAAGAACAACCUCAUCCUUGUGCAGAUAUUGCUGAGAGAGGGAGAGUCCAUAUUCGGAGUUCUGAGGAUGAAACUCCAUGUGGAAAUGCUCCUGACACCACUUCAGACCAAAAAACAACAAAGAUGAUACACGGUGCAUCGCAUACAGCUUGCGAGAGCAUUUUGGCAGUACCUAGAUCAACGAAAGCAUGCAGUGACCAGGGAGAAGAGACUCAUCUGCUGCUGACUGCAGAAAAUGGCAAGUAUCAGGCCUAUAAUGCUGAGCCACAGACUUUUGUACAAGAAAUGUUAUGUGACGUGGACGAGAAAGAGGAUAAAACUGGAAGAAAGCAACUGGAAAAAGAGGAGUGCAGAGAAGAGCGUAGUCCUUGUUUUCAGGGUGGUACUCAGGAAAAAGGAGAUCCUAGCUCCUCAAAAUUUGACUGUCAUUUGUAUUUUAGUACAGAACACAAAAAGGUGAAUGUAACCUUCAUUGAACUGAGUGAUAUAAACCCUGCAGUCAUCAGCGAGAGCAAAAUCAGAGGCAAGGAUGAAGGUGAGAUGUGCCUGACUGAAAAGGACAUUGGAGUUGCAUGUCAUGAAAGUGCCCAUCGAGGUCAUACAGGACGUGUUAAAGGACCAUGGUGCGGAGUGGAAAUGGUCAGCAAAGAUGGUACCCUGCUUGCAGUGAAUGAGGUGACAAAUGGGCAGAAGUUCUGCAAAAUGGAUGAUGAUUCAAAAAAUACAAGAUGCUUCCCCAAAACAGGGUUCCCAGAAACUCCACAGUGGGGCUCAGCAGUGCAAAGUCGGAGCAGUGCCGCUUCAAGGUGUUCUCUGCAAAUAUCUCAGAGGCAUCCCUCCUGCCUAGUGGAAGGGCCUGGAUUAAGUUUGUCUGAAGGCCAAGAGGCUGGUAGUGUAGGGGAGAUGUUAGGUGCCAACAAAUCAGAACAGGGAGACACUGUCCAAAACGGUGAAAUGGCUUCUGCUCCUCUGAAAUCUGUUACUGUUCAGAUGUCUUCAGGGCUGGAGUCUACUUCAAGGGUGAAGUGCACAGGGCAAAAUGCUCCUGUCAGUGAGAGCCUUGCUAGGGAAGAUCUUGUGGACUUCUCUGGCAUGUUAGUGCACCACUCUGAGAGUGGUCCUCUCAUACUGUCAGACCCAGGGGCUUCGAAGGAUGGUGUGAAGCAGACCACUGAAGCCUCCAGCCAAACUGACAUCCAUGCCAGCAAACCCAGGUGGCCACCACUGCUUCAUCCACCCCAUAGUCACCUGACAAAAUCAGCCUCUCUUGACACCAUGCUUUGUGACAAAUACAGUGAAGCCUCUGGUGCUGGGGGUGUGCAGGGCAGUUGCCAUUGUCACUGCUGCUGCUGCCAUGGCUGCUGCCUGUGGACCUUCCUCGUGGGUGUCUCUCCCCAUCGCCCUGUGCGCUGCUGCUCAAACCAUGUCUCCACCGAGCUGCAGCUCUUGAAAACGCUGAUGCUCCUACAGGACACUGCAAUGCAUAAUCUUGCUCCGUGUACCCUCCAUGAAAUAGAAGCGAUGAAGAGCUGCUGCCAGCACUUCCAGGAGAAGCUGGAUGAGAUUGAACAGCACCUGACUGAACAGCAGGUGCUGUUUUCCAGCACGAUGCCAGAUGAAGGAAGGGAGGAAGGCAGACACCUGCAACUCUUACGGCGAGCCGUUCGUCAGGAGGUUGCAGAGCUGGAAUUUCGGCUGAAUGAUCAAGCUUGCCAGGUCAGGGAGGCAUCCUUACGGUACCUGGACCAAUUACUAGUAGAACAAUCCCAUCUGUUUUCUGAGCUCGGACUCUCUGAUUGGAAGGGAGAAAGAAAAGCCCAGAAUAAAUGAGCAUUUCCAGAUGCUGCUGACACUGCGCAUCCUCAAAGUGGGUGCUCAAAAAUGGUGCUCGAAAGAGCUCCUAGCAAAAACACCACAGCAGCAGGCCCACUCUCUGCCCUGCAGUCGGGGGCACCCCCAACACAGUUUUCUACCAGGACAACACCUGAGCCGAAUUCAGCCAAGUCUGACCCACAGGAGCUCUCCACCAGUAAAAAGGAAAUAAAAGGACCUCCCCAAGCAAAAAUGGACUUUAAGGCACUCUUACGCAAUUUGAAGAAAUCUUUCCGAAAUUCUUUAGGUAAUGAUUCAGCAGAAGGAAAAGACUGA